AUGAGCAGAGAAACUACUGCUACGCCUGGAAACUUGCUGAUGAAAAUUGAAUCCCUUUCUUCAUUCUCAAAGUGUGGAAUUGACAAGUUCGAAUCUAGGGCAUUUGAAUCCGGAGGCUAUAAAUGGAAAAUGAUAUUCUAUCCUAAUGGAUACUUUGGUGACGACAAUGGCAAUGACAAUGUUUCAGUCUACUUUUCCAUUGUGGACAGGACACUUAUUCUUUGCCUGUUGACUGGGAGGAAGACUUUGAUGGAUCCGAGUAAAGGGUACGCUCUGAAGUUGGUGGAACACACGACACCUACAAAGCGCGAAUGGACGAUUCCCAGCUUUUCCAAGCUAGAGGAUGUUUGGGGUAAGAGUUCUCCGUUGGAGAUCACAAAUGGAAAGUUAACCUUCAUCCAAAGGGAUUGCCAAAAGGCAGCUACAUGUCCCUCCCUGUUUCUUGAGCCAAAGGACUUCCCACCUCAUCGUCGAGUGAAGGCAGAGGUUUUGAUGCGCAUCGUAUCCAAACUCAAUGGCUUUAAUCAUUGGUUUACAGCUUCUGGCGGAGAACAGGGAUUUCCUGAAUUUAAAAAAAAUGCUGAUAUGGAUGCUGGAGGCUUCCUUCAUCGCGACUGCUGUUUUGUAGAUGUUGAAAUCACGGUGCAAGCUGUUGCGAAAGCUACUAUCUAG